CCAACAUUGUUAAUUGGAUUGUUCUAAGUCGUAGCCGGAAGUUUAGGGAGCGAUUGAAAAGGCAGGAGAAUUGUCCGCGUUUUACGGUGUCCUGUGUCGGGUAUCAGGUGCAGCAGCAGAGCCAAGAUGUCGAGUAAACGGGCGAAGGGGAAGACCACGAAGAAGCGCCCCCAGAGGGCCACGUCCAACGUCUUCGCCAUGUUCGACCAGUCGCAGAUCCAGGAGUUCAAGGAGGCCUUCAACAUGAUCGACCAGAACCGAGACGGCUUCAUCGACAAGGAGGACCUGCACGACAUGCUGGCCUCAUUGGGUAAGAACCCCACAGACGAGUACCUGGAGGCCAUGAUGAACGAGGCCCCGGGGCCCAUCAACUUCACCAUGUUCCUCACCAUGUUCGGGGAGAAGCUGAACGGCACGGACCCCGAGGACGUCAUCCGCAACGCCUUCGCCUGCUUCGACGAGGAGGGCACAGGUGUGAUCCAGGAGGAGUACCUGCGUGAGCUCCUCACCACCAUGGGCGACCGCUUCACAGACGAGGAGGUGGACGAGCUCUUCCGCGAGGCGCCCAUCGACAAGAAGGGCAACUUCAACUACGUGGCCUUCACCCGCAUCCUGAAGCACGGGGCCAAGGACAGGGACGACUAGGGGCCCCCGGGGGGGCCGAGAACACGAACGGACGCGACCGCGUCCCCGCUGUCGUCUUCAGGGUUAGGCACCCCGCGCUAGUCCAGGGUUUCACCUUCCAGAACACCGGGCACAGCACCAGGUUCCAGGGUGGGGGGGGGUUCAAAACAAAAUGGCGGCACUGUGGCACUCCUGGGGGUAAAACCAUGGCUUGGGUUCCCAUCGCUCCUCCUGUCCGGUUGUCAUGUUUCACCCAUCAAUCAUAUUUCAAAAAAGAAAGUAAUUACUUUAAACACUAACGGGUCUCGGGAGCAGAAAGACGUGUGUGUGUGUGUGUACUGUAGUGUGUGUGUGAACCUCAAUCCUGAAUGUGAAAAAAGAAGGAAAAUGAAUAAAUAAAUAAAAUCGACUGUUUAUCUCAUGACCUGGUUAAACUGGAUUUUUACAUUUUGUAACCGACAACUUUUGAAAUAAAGUCUUAUCAACUCAA